ACUAAGUGAAUAUGAAAUGCAAGAAAAAUCUCAUAUAAUUAUUCAACUUCCUGUUCAUUUGCUACAAGAACAAAACUUAUACUUUACUUCUGGUAAAGAACAAGAUGCUUUAAAUCGAGCAAGUUUAGAAUAUACAAUGUUAACUGCUUGGUUCAAACUUAAUAAAGAAAAUGAACAAGCAAGAGAAAUACUUUAUCAUGAUAUUCUUCUUUACUAUAGAUUUGUUAAACAAUAUAAAAUAUGGUAA